GUCGUCCGGGAUGGCGGGGGUCGCCUCUCGCGCCCUGGGUCGGAGCGCGGCUUCUGGCCGGUUUGUCUCUUCCAAACCCCCACUCUUGCCUGAGAGAAAAGUCCGUGUCUCGAAGGCAAAUUCCCCCAAAGCAGAUUCGGGCCCCGCCCCUUUCCUGGAACUUCAUUUCCCGGCUGCGGUCCCGGCCUUUGGGCCCCUCCAGCCGCUGAGGGUUUGCCUCACUGCUUUCUAGCUGCGCCAGGUGUUCCCGUAUGAAAUUUCUUUAAUUGGAAACUUGGUGGCAUUACUGGAACGGAAUAUUGCUAUUUUGGAAAAUGUUUUGCAGAUUCUGGGCACAGUGUAUGUGCCAACCCCCAGACUUACGUACCAGGCAUUGGAGUGAUAUUGUAGAUUAAAAUGCCUGUUGGAUCCAAAGAGAGGCCGACUUUUUUUGACAUUUUUAGGACGCGAUGCAACAAAGCAGAUUUAGGACCAAUAAGUCUUAAUUGGUUUGAUGAACUUUCUUCAGAAGCUCCACCUUAUAAUUCUGAACCUGCAGAAGAAUCUGAGUAUAAAAUCAGCAGUUACGAACCACACCUAUUUAAAACACCACAGAGGAAACCCUCUUAUCGUCAAUUGGCUUCAACUCCAAUAAUAUUCAAAGAGCAAGGUCCAACUCUGUCACUGUACCAAUCUCCUGUAAAAGAAUUAGAUAAAUGCAGAUUAGACUUAGGAAAUAAUGUUGCCAAUAGUAAGCAUAAAAGUCGUCAUACAGUGAAGGCUAAAAUGGAUCAAGCAGAUGCUGUUACCAGCCCACUUCUAAAUUCUUGUCUUAGUGAAAGUCCUGUUCUACAGUGUGCACACAUAACACCACAAAGAGAAAAGUCAGCGGUAUGUGGAACUUUAUUUCAUACACCAAAGUUUGUGAAGGGUCAGACACAAAAACAUAUUUCUGAAAGUCUGGGUGCUGAAGUGGAUCCUGAUAUGUCUUGGUCAAGUUCUUUAGCCACACCACCCACGCUUAGUUCUACUGUGCUCAUAGUCAGAGGUGAGGAUGCAUCUGAAAUUGUAUUUCCUAAUGAUACUACUCCUGUUUUGAAAAGCUAUUUUUCUAACCAUGAUGAAAGUCUGAAGAAAAAUGAUAAAUCUAUCCCUUCUGUGACAGACCAUGGAAACAAAAAUCAAAGGGAAGAGGGAAGUCAUGGAUUGGGGAAAAUGUUAGGGAAUUCAUUUGAUAAAGCAAAUAGCUGCAAAGAUCACUUUGGAAAGUCAAUACCAAAUGCCCUAGAAGAUGAAGUCCAUGAAGCAGUUGCAGAUAUUUCUGAAGAAGAUAGUUUUUCAUUAUGUUUUUCUAAAUAUAGAACAGAAAAUCUAAAAAAAAUAAGAACUGGCAAGACUAGGAAGAAAGUUUUCCAUGAAACAAAAACUGGUGAAUAUGAAGAACCUAAAAAACAAUUGAAAGAAAAACACUCAUUUGCAUCUGAAAUGAAACCAAAAAAUAGUGAUCCAUUAGAUUCAAAUGUAGCAAAGCAGAAGCCCUUUGGGAAUGGAAGUGACAAAAUCUCCAAGGAAGUUUUAGAGUCUUCAGCCUGUGAAUGGUCUCAGCUAACCCUCUCAGAUAAUUUAAGCAGAACCCAGAUGGAGAAAAUACCCCUACUGCAUAUUUCUUCUUGUGACCAAAACAAUUCAGAAAAAGACCUAGUAGAUUCAGAGAAAGAAUAUACCAAUUUUAUUACUUCAGAAAAUUCUUUGCCACACAUUUCUAGUCUACCAAAACCAGAGAAGAUGUUAAAUGUGGAAACAGUGGUAAAUAAGGGUGAUGAGUCUCAUGAAGACUCCAUUCUUGUGGUAAAGCAGGCAAUAUCCAGAAUUCCUUCAAUAGCUUCUCCAUUUCAGGGUAUUAAAAAGUCUAUAUUCAGGAUAAGAGAAUCACCUGAAAAGACUUUCAGUGCAGUUUUCUCGGGUAAUAUGACUGAUCCAAACUUGAAAGAAAAAUCAGGAACAUCUGAAAGUCAAUUGGAACUAUAUGCUAUUUGCUCACAGAAAGAGGAUUCUUUAUGUCCGAGUUCAAUUGAUAAAAGCUGGCAAGCCACUAUCACAGAUACUUCUGUACCUUUGAAGAAUGCAGGUUUAAUAUCCACUUUGAAAAAGAAAACCAAGAAGUUUAUUUAUGCUAUAAAUGAUGAAACAUCUUAUCAAGGAAAAAAAAUACAGAAAGACCAAAAAUCAGAAAUAACUAACUAUUCAGCUCAAUUUGAAGCAAAUGUUUUUCAAGCUCCACGUACAUUUACAAAUGUUGAUUCAGGUUUGUUGCGUUCUUCUGUCAAAAGAAACUGUUUACAGAAUAAUUCUGAAGAACCGUCUUUGUCCUUAACCAGCUCUUUUGGGACAAUUUUGGGGAAAGGUUCCAGUAAUGAAAGCAGUUCUUCUAAUAAUACAAUAAUCUCUCAAGAUCUUGGUUAUAAAGAAGCAAAAAUUAGUAAGGAAAAAUUACAGUCAUUUAUAACCCCAGAAACUGAUUGUCUGACAUGUGAUCCAAAAAAUGAAGAAGUUUCAAACAUAAAAGAAAAGGCCUUGUCUGCAGUAUGUCAACCUGGAGUACAACAUUCAGAAGUAGAAUGUAGUAGUAUUCACUUUCAAUCCCAGGAAAGUCUUUUAUAUGACCACGAUAAUACCAGCACUCUUACUUUAACUUGUACCUCCAAGGAUCCUCUGUCAAACCCAGUUGUGAUUUCUAGAGGAAAAGAGUCAUACGAAAUGUCAGAAAAAUUAAAAUGUAAGAAUUAUAAAGCUGAUUUUAAAUUAACCAAAAAUAUUCCCAUGGAAAAGAAUCAAGGAGUAUGUCUUUUAAAUGAAAAUUCUAAAAAUGCUGAGCUGGUACCACCUGAAAAAUACGUAACAAUAGCAUCACCUUCAACAAAGAUGCAAUUCAACCAAAAUACAAAUUUAUCAAUAAUCCAAAAAGACCAAGAAGAAAAUACUUUAAUUUCAAAAAUAACUUUCAAUCCAAACUCUGAAGAACUUUUCCAAGACGAGAAUAAUUUUGUCUUUCAAGUAACUAAUGAAAGGAAUAAUCCUGUUCUAGGAAAUACUGAAGAACUUAAUGAAGCAGACCUCGGUCAUAUAAAAGAGCUCAUUCUCAAGAACUCUACGAUGGUACUAUAUGCAGACAUAGAUGACAAACAAGCAGCCCAAGUGUUGAUUACAAAAGAUUUGGACUCAUCAGAUACAGUUUAUGAUUUUACAGAGGACAACAGAAACAGUGUAAAGCAGCAUCUAAAAAUGACUCUAGGUCAAGACGUAAAAUCAGACAUCUCCUUGGAUAUAGAUAAGAAAGCAAACAAAAAUGAUUACAUGGAUGAAUGGGUAGGACCCUUAUAUCCAGUUUCAAAUCACACAUUUGGAGGUAGCUUCAGAACAGCUUCAAAUAAAGAAAUAAAAUUCUCUGAACAUAACAUUAAGAAAAGUAAAUUGCUCUUCAAAGAUAUUGAAGAACAGUAUCCUACUAGUUUAAAUUGUGUUGAAAUUAUAAAUACCUUGGCAUUAGAUAAUCAGAAGAAACUGAGCAAAGGUCAUGAGUUUGUUUCACAGUCAGUUAAUACUGUAUCUGCAUGUGCGCAGAGUAGUCCAUUUGUUUCUAAUUGUGAAAAUAGUGACAUACCUCCUCAGAUGUUAGAUUUUAAUUCAAACAAUAAUUUAACACCUAGCCAAAAGGCAGAAAUUACAGAACUUUCUACUAUAUUGGAAGAAUCAGGAAGUCAGUUUGAAUUUACGCAGUUUAGAAAACCAAGUCACAUAAUACCAAAUAAUACAUUUGAAGUGCCUGCAAACAAGAUGACUGUCUUAAAUACUACUGAAGAAUGGAAAGAUGUUGAUCUUAAUGUCACAACUAAUGCCUCAUCUAUUGGUCAGGUAGACAACAGCAAGAAAUUUGAAGGUGUAGUUGGAGUUAAACAAAAGUUCACUUACUUAUUGGAAAACAACUGUAACAAAAGUGUUUCUGGUUAUUUAACAGGUGAAAAUGAAGUGGAGUUUAGAGGCUUUUAUUCUGCUCUUGGCAAAAAAUUGAAUGUUUCUAGUGAAGCUAUGCAAAAAGCUGUGAAAGUGUUUAGUGAUAUUGAGAAUAUUAAUGAGGAACCUUCUAUAGAAGUAGAUCCAAGAAGUUUCUCUUCAAGUAAUUAUAAUGAUUCUGUUGUCUCAAUGUUUAAAAUAGAAAAUCAUAACAAUGAUAAAAAUUUAAAUGAGAAAAAUAAAUGCCAAUUAAUAUUACAAAAUAAUAUUGAAAUGACUACUGGCACUUUUGUUGAAGAAAAUAUUGAAAAUUACAAGAGAAAUACUGAAAGUGAAAAUAACAAAUGUACUGCCACUAGUAGAAAUACUUGUAACAUAGAAUCUGAUGGCCAUGAUUCAAAUAAAAAUGAUAUAGUUUAUAUUCAUGAAGAUGCAAAUGACUUGCCAGGUACUGAUCAGCACAAUCUUAAAUUAUCUAGCCAGUUUAUGAAGGAGGGAAACACUGAAAUUAAAGAAAAUUUGUCAGAUUUAACUUGUCUGGAAAUUGUGAAAGCUGGGGAAGCAUGUCAUGUUGAUACUUCACAUAAACAGUUAACUGCUAGUAAAAUUGAGCAAAAUAUAAAAGAUCUGGGGAUUUUUGAUAUAUCCUUUCAGACUGCAAGUGGCAAAAAUAUCAGCAUCUCCAAAGAGUCAUUAAAUAAAGUUGUAAAUUUCUUUGAUCAAAAAACAGAAGAAGAAUUGAAUAACUUUUCCUUGAAUUCUAAAUUACUUUCUGGCAUAAGUAAGAACGAAGUGGACAUUUUACGUAAUAAGGAAACAGACAUGUUUGAAAAUAAAAUAUUAAAAGAAAGUAUCCCAGUUGGUACUGGAAUUCAAUUAGCAACCCUCCAGCAACAACCUGAAUGUGAAAUUGAAAAAAUCAAAGAAGCUAUGCUGUUGAGUUUUCAUACAGCUAGUGGGAAAAAAGUAAAUAUUGCAAAGGAAUCUUUGGAAAAAGUAAAAAAUCUUUUUGAUGAAAAAAAGCAAUAUAUUGAUGAAAUCACCAGUUUUAGCCAAGGAUUAAAGAUCCAAAAGGACAGAGGAGACUGUAAAGAAGGGCUUAUAUUAGCAUGUGAGACAGUUGAGAUAACGACUGUCCCAAAGUGUGAAGAAAUGCAGAAUUCUCUAGAUGAUAAUGAGAAAAAUCAAGUUUCUAAUACAAAUACAGUGUUACCUGGGCCCUUAAGUGAUCAUUUGCAUAGACAGUCUGAAAAUCUCAAGACAUCAAAUGAUAUCUCUUUGAAAGUAAAAGUACAUGAAAAUGUAGAAAAAGAAACAGCAAAAAGUCCUACAAUUUGCUACACAAAUCAGUCCCCCUAUUCAGCCAUUGAAAAUUCAGCUUUAGCAUUUUACACAGGACAUGGUAGAAGAAUUUCUGUGAGUGAGGCUUCACUGUUUGAAGCAAAAAAAUGGCUUAGAGAAGGAGAAUUGGGUGAUCAACUGGAAAAAAUAAAUACUGCCAAGGUUAUAUGUGCAAAGGAAUACUCUGAGUAUUAUGGAGGAAAUCCUUCACAGGAAAGUGCUUCAAACAGUAUUAUAACUGAAAAUGACAAAAAUCAUCUCUCUGAAGAGCAAGAUUCAACUUAUUUAGGUAACAGUAACUUGUCUAACAACUAUUCCUGCCAUUCUAAUUCUUGUUAUUCUCAUGAGGUAUAUAAUGAUUCAGGAUAUCUCUCAAAAAAUAUAAUUGAUUCUAGUAUUGAGCCAGUGGUGAAGAAUAUUGAAGAUAAAGAAAACAGUAGCUUUUCAGAAAUAAUAUCCAUUGUAAAAGAAGCAAAUGCAUACCCACAAACUGUACAUGAAGAUACUUGUGUUCAGACACUUGUGACUAACUCUUCAUUAUGCAAAGAUGAAAAUACAUCCACUAAAUUGUCUGUAUCUAAUUCAAAUAAUUUUGAAGUAGGGCCACCUGCAUUCAGCACAGCCAGUGGUAAAAUAGUAUGUGUUUCACAUGAAACAAUUAAAAAAGUAAAAGAGUUAUUUACAGACAAUGGCAGUAAGGUAAUUCAGCCAAACACUGAGAGUAAAUCUGGCGCUUGCCAAACAAAAAUUGGGGCAGGUCAUUAUAAGGCAUUAAAUGAUUCAGAGGAUAUUAUUUUUUCUAACUCUGAUAAAGUUGUUGAUGAAGAAUGUUGUAUGCAUUCACAUAAGGUUUUUGCUGACAUUCAAAGUGAGCAACUUUUACAUGACCAAAGUAUGUCUGGAUUGGAGAAAGUUUCUAAAAAAGCACCUUGUAAUUCUAGUUUGAAAACUUCAAGUAUAUGUAAAUUUAAUACAGGGGAGCUUCCCAAGUCAGUCUCUUCUACAAAUGCUUGUGGGAUUUUUAGUACAGCAAGUGGAAAAUCCAUACAAGUAUCAGAUGCUUCAUUACAAAAGGCAAGACAGGUGUUUUCUGAGAUAGAUGAUAGUGCCAAGCAACUCUUUUCCAAAAUAUCCUUUAAAAGUAAUAAAGAAUAUUUAGACCAGUUCACAAGAGAAGAAAAAACAAUGCAUAUCCCCCAAAAUUUAAUAUCACCCCAAAAAGGCUUUUCGUAUAAUGUAGUAAAUUCAUCUGCUUUCUCUGGAUUUAGUACAGCAAGUGGAAAACAAGUUUCAAUUUCAGAAAGUGCCUUACACAAAGUUAAGAGAAUGUUAGAGGAAUUUGAUUUCAUCAGAACUGACCAUACUCUUCAGCAUUCACCUACAUCUAGACAAGAUAUAUCAAAAAUACCUUCUCUUCCUUGUACUGAUAAGAGAACUCCAGCAUAUUCUGUGAACUCAAAAAUGGAAAAAGCCUACAGUAAAGAAUUUAAAUUAUCAAAUAACUAUAAUAUUGAAAGCAGCUCUUCAGAAAAUAAUCACUUUAUUAAAGUUCCUCCAAGUCUGUCUGAGUUUAAGCAAGACGAACAACAGUUGGCAUUAGGAACCAAAGUAUCACUUGUGGAGAACAUUCAUAUUUUGGGAAAAGAACAAGCUUUAUCUAAAAACAUAAAAGUGAAAAUUGGUAAAUCUGAAACUUUUUCUGAUGUUCCUGUGAAAACAGAUAUAGAAGUGUGUUCUACUUACCCCAAAGAUUCCGAAAAUUACCUUGAAACAGAAGCAGUGGAGAUUGCCAAAGCUUUUAUGGAAGAUGGUGAACUGACAGAUUCUGAACCACCAAGUCAUGCUGAACACUCUCUUUUUACAUGCCAAAAAAAUGAGGAAACAGUUUGUUUAAAUUCACGAAUUGGAAAAAGAAGAGGAGAUGACCUUGUUUCAAGUGGAGAACCCUCAAUCAAAAGAAACUUGUUAAAUGAAUUUAACAAGAUAAUAGAAAAUCAAGAAAAAUCCUUAAAGGCUUCAAAAAGCACUCCAGAUGGCACAUUAAAAGAUAGAAGAUUGUUUAUGCAUCACAUUUCUUUAGAGCCAGUUACCUGUGGACCCUUUGGCACAACUAAGGAACGGCAAGAAAUACAGAGUCCAAAUUUUACUGCACCUGGUCAAGAAUUUCUGUCUAAAUCUCAUUUUCAUGAACGCCUGGCUUUGGAAAAAUCUUCAAGCAUUUUAUCAAUUUCGAGGCAGCCAUUUUAUAAAGUUCCUGCUACAAGAAAUGAAGAAAUGAAACGCCCAGUUACUACAGGCAAACCGACCAAAAUCUUUGUCCCACCUUUUAAAACUAAAUCACAUUUUCACAGAGAUGAACAGUGUGUUAGCAAGAAUAUUAAUUUGGAGGAAAACAAACAGAAACAAAACAUAGACAAACAUGGCUCUGGUGAUAGUGAAAAUAAUAUUAAUGACAGUGAGAUUCAUCAACUUAACAAAAACAACUCUAAUCAAGCAGCGACUGUAAAUGUCACAAAGCGUGAAGAAGAACCUUUAGAUUUAAUUACAGGUCUUAAGAAUGCCAGAGAUAUACAAGAUAUGCGGAUUAAAAAGAAACAAAAGCAACAUAUCUUUCCACAGCCAGGCAGUCUGUAUCUUGCAAAAACAUCCACUCUGCCUAGAAUCUCUCUGAAAGCAGCAGUAGGAGGACAAGUUCCCUCUGCAUGUUCUCAUAAACAGCUGUAUAUGUAUGGCGUUUCUAAACAUUGCAUUAAAAUUAACAGCAAAAAUGCAGAGUCUUUUCAGUUUCACAUGCAGGAUUAUUUUGGUAAGGAAGAUUUAUGGGCUAGACAGGGAAUACAGUUGGCUGACGGUGGAUGGCUCAUACCCUCCAAUGAUGGCAAGGCUGGAAAAGAAGAAUUUUAUAGGGCUCUGUGUGACACCCCAGGUGUGGAUCCAAAGCUCACUUCUAGAGUUUGGGUCUAUAAUCACUAUAGAUGGAUUAUAUGGAAGCUGGCAGCUAUGGAAUUUGCUUUUCCUAAGGAAUUUGCUAAUAGAUGCCUAAGCCCAGAAAGGGUGCUGCUUCAACUAAAAUACAGAUAUGAUUUGGAAAUUGAUAGAAGCAGAAGAUCAGCUAUAAAAAAGAUAGUGGAAAGGGAUGACACAGCUGCAAAAACACUUGUUCUGUGUGUUUCUGACAUAAUUUCAUCGAGCAAAAGUAUAUCUGAAACUUCUAGCAGUAAAACUGAUAGUGUGAAUACCAACAAAGUGGCCAUUAUUGAACUUACAGAUGGGUGGUAUGCUGUCAAGGCCCUCUUAGAUCCUCCCCUCUCAGUUCUCUUAAAGAAUGGCAGACUGACUGUGGGUCAGAAGAUUAUUAUUCACGGAGCAGAACUGGUGGGCUCUCCUGAAGCUUGUACACCUCUUGAAGCCCCAGAAUCUCUUAUGUUAAAGAUUUCUGCUAACAGUACUCGGCCCACUUGCUGGUAUACCAAACUUGGAUUCUUUCCUGACCCUAGACCUUUUCCUCUGCCCUUGUCGUCACUUUUCAGUGAUGGAGGAAAUGUUGGUUGUGCUGAUGUAAUCAUUCAGAGAGCAUACCCUGUACAGUGGAUGGAGAAGACAUCAUCUGGAUUAUACAUAUUUCGCAAUGAAAGAGAAGAAGAAAAGGAAGUAGCAAAAUAUGCAGAGGCCCAACAAAAGAGACUAGAAGCCUUAUUCACUAAAAUUCAAGCAGAAUUUGAAGAGCAUGAAGAAAACACAACAAAACAAUAUAUACCAUCACGUGCACUAACAAGACAACAAGUCCAUGCUCUGCAAGAUGGUGCAGAGCUUUAUGAAGCAGUGAAAAAUGCAUCAGAUCCAGGUUACCUUGAGGGUUAUUUCAGUGAAGAGCAGUUAAGAGCCUUGAGUAAUCACAGACAAAUGUUGAAUGAUAAGAAACAAGCACAGAUCCAGUCGGAAUUCAGGAAGGCCAUGGAAUCUGCUGAACAAGACAAACAAGGUUUAUCAAGGGAUGUUACAACUGUGUGGAAGUUGCGUGUUGUAAGCUAUGCAAAAAAGGAAAAAGAUUCAGUUAUAUUGAGUGUCUGGCGUCCAUCAUCAGAUUUAUAUUCCCUGUUAACAGAAGGAAAGAGAUACAGAAUCUAUCAUCUUGCAACAUCAAAAUCUAAAAGUAAAUCUAAAAAAGCUAACAUACAGUUAGCAGCAACAAAAAAAACUCAGUAUCAACAACUACCGGCUUCAGAUGAAAUCUUAUUCCAGGUUUACCAGCCAAGGGAGCCCCUUCACUUCAACAGAUUAUUAGAUCCAGACUUUCAGCCACCUUGUUCUGAGGUGGACCUAAUAGGAUUUAUAGUUUCCGUUGUGAAAAAAACAGGGCUUGCUCCUUUGGUAUAUUUGUCAGAUGAAUGUCAUAAUUUAUUGGCAAUAAGGUUUUGGAUAGAUGUCAAUGAAGACAUAAUUAAACCUCAUGUGUUAAUUGCUGCAAGUAACCUCCAGUGGCGCCCAGAAUCCAAAUCAGGAAUUCCUACAUUAUUUGCUGGAGAUUUUUCCGUGUUUUCUGCCAGUCCAAAAGAGAGCCACUUUCAAGAGACGUUCAACAAAAUGAAAAAUACUGUUAAGAAUAUUGAUAUAUUUUGCAAUGAUGCCGAAAACAAGCUUAUGCAUAUGCUUAGUGCAAAUAAUCCCAAGUGGUCCACCCCAACUAAAGACUAUACUUCAGAGCCAUACACUGCUCAAACAGUCCGUGGUACAGGAAAUAAGCUUCUGAUGCCUUCUGCGAAUAGUGAGAUAAAUUGUCAAAGUCCUUUAUCACUUUGUACGCCAAAAGGGAAGCCUGUUUCCACACCUGUAUCAGCCCCAAUGACUUCUAAGUCUUGUUGCAAAGGGGAGAAAGAGACUGAAGACCCAAAAAGCUGCAAAAAGAGAAGAGCCUUGGAUUUCUUGAGUAGACUGCCUUUACCUCCACCUGUUAGUCCCAUUUGUACAUUUGUUUCUCCAGCUGCGCAGAAGGCAUUUCAGCCACCACGGAGUUGUGGCACAAAAUAUGAAACACCUAUAAAGAAAAAAGAAUUGAAUUCUCCUCAGAUGACUCCACCUAAAAAAUUCAAUGAAAUGUUUCUUUUGGAAAGUAAUUCAAUAGCUGAUGAAGAACUUGCAUUGAUAAAUACCCAAGCCCUUUUGUCUGGUUCAGCAGGAGAAAAUCAAUGUAUACCUAUCAGUGAAUCCACUAGGACUUCUCCCACCAAUUCAAAAGAUUAUCUCAGACUGAAAAGGCAGUGUACGACAUCUCUGAUCAAAGAGCAAGAGAAUUCCCAAGCAAGUACAAAAGAUUGUGAGACUAAUAUGCAGAACACAAGUAUAAUAAAAAAUAUAUCUAAGAGAUUGCAAAGGCGACAAAAACGAAAAUGACAAUAAGUUAGUUAUUGACUCUUAACCUUUCCAGUUUGUAAGACAGAUACAGUUUCAAACUAUAGAUCAGCAUUUAUAUUGCAAGAAAAGAAACUAAAUAAUUUCAAGUGUACCCAGGUGUUUGUGUACCAUAGGGAUUGUCUUUGACUCUAUGUUGACAUACUUUUAUUUCAGUUGUAGAUCUUAAAACUGUACAUUUAUUAGCUAAUCAAGGAAAACUCUUUUAAAUCUUUAUGAUUGGAUUUCAUCACAAGUAUUAUUUUAUAAAUAAAAUAAACAUAUUCUUUUCUUUUAGAUUGUGUCAUUGAUUAAGUGAAAUGAGUUUCUUAGUACAGUUAUUUUGACAUAGGUAAUUCCUUUUAGUUCUUAUUUUAGGGGAUUAUUUUUUAGAGGUAGCUCACUAUGAAAUAGUUUUCCGUAAUGUCUAUGUUGGUUGUGCUAUAGUUCUAUCCUGUUCAAAAGCCAGGAUGAAUAAGAUAUUACAGUGGUGUUUUCUUUUCACUGAUUCUUCAUUCUUAGAAUGUCUACAAGAAAAAUAGAACCUUUAACUCUAAUUCCUUUUUAUGAUUCCAUUGUGAUCUCUGAAAUUAAAUUACUUCAAUUAAAAAUUCAAAUACUUUAAGUCAGAAGCAUAUUUCAUAGAGCUAAUUUUUUUUAACAAAAUGGUCAUCCAGACUAAAACUUCUGAGAACAUCUUGCUUUCAAAUUGGCACUGAUUCUGCCUGCUUUAUUUUUAGCACUAUCACAGGACCCAGACAUACUCCCUUUUAAACCUACUACCAAGCAGAUUAGUUCAAUUUAAGAUAAUACUUUCAUUAUCUUAAAUAAUGAUAUCUGAAAUAAGCUCUUAUGCUUUCUUAUAUUUAAGAGAGAAAAGGGAUAUAAUAGUUCUAACUAGGAGCUAAUAGCAUGGAGAAGUUCUUAAAGCAGGUGUUUUAAUAUGUCUUAAAUGUAUAUAUAAUAUCACAUUCUCAAAUCUAAUUAUAAACACAUUUCAAAGUCAAAAAUAAAUCCUUUUAAAAAUUGACAUUUUUCCCUCCAUAACUGUGAGCUAUGAUUUUUGUCUCCUCUAAAAAGCAUUUUAAUAGUCUAUUCUGCUAUUCUUUUUAACUUAAGUGUUUUGUAAGUCUUAUUAAUGUAAGUUUUAUUCAUAAACAAUUGGGUCUUAUGAUACUAAUCAUUUUGCCAAUGAUCCACUCUAGAAAAAGGAAUAAAACUGGAGUCUCAGGUAAACAGAAAAAAUUAUAUUUAUAAGAAUUUAAUCUUUUCUUUUCUGAAUCCUUAGAAAAACUGCUAAUUAUCUCCUCCAUUCUUAUUCUCAUUGAGACCACCCAUUAUAGAGAGAUCUAAUGCACACACUUCUUUUUAUAAAUUAUAAAUAACAUCCAAGCUACAUGAACAAAGUAUGAAGUUUGAGUAGAUGUAUAUAUUAUCCCAGGAAAGUGACAAUUUAAUGAUUACAAAGUCAACAUGUAUGAUAAGACAUAAAUGAUAAAAGCAGUUUAUUUAUUCGACAAUCAUUUAAUGGGAAUCUGUUGCGUAUAUAGAGCACUUGCCAGCUGUAUGAAUGAUGCAAACAGUAAAC